AUGUCUUCACAUGAUGGUAGUACUCCAAGUAGUGAUCCUUCAACAGCCCAAUCAUCUCAACCUUCAAUUUCUAUGUCAAGUGGUAGUAGAGGAAGAACAGAUUUGGCAUGGGGUCAUUGUAGAGAAGCUCCUGAACUUAGUGUUGGGUGUAAAAAAACAAAAUUAGUUUGUUUAUAUUGUGCUAAAGUAUUUGCGGGUGGUGGCAUUAAUCGAUUUAAGCAACAUUUAGCUGGAGCUAAAGGAGAAGUUGAACAAUGUCGUAAAUGUCCUCCUGAUGUUCGACAUCAAAUGCUUUUGAAUCUUAAAGGAAAUGCUGAAACAAAAAAAAGAGAUGAUAAGGAUGUCAGUACUAAAAAACAUAUGUUACCACCGAAGGUUGCAAAAAAGAAAAAGAUUCAAAGCACCAGCACUGUAAAACAAUCGACUACAAGUUGUGGAAAGCAGAAGAAAUCUGCAACAUUAGGGACAUAUUUCAUGCCGAGAACAACUCCUGGUGCUCAAAAGUCUAUUCAGAAUUGUUGGCAAAGGAAGGAAGCAGUUGAACGGUGUGAUCUUGCUUUAGCGAAGUGGAUGAUUGAUGCAUGUGUGCCAUUUAAUGCUGUUAAUUCUGUGUAUUAUCAGCAUGCCAUAGAUGCUGUAACAACCAUGGGUCCUGGUUAUAAAGGACCAAACUUGCAUGCUAUUUGUGGUUAUUACUUGGCAAAAGCGGUUGAUGAAGUCAAGAUUUAUGUUGAGACGUAUCGAGAGAUUUGGAAGAACACUGGUUGCACAUUAAUGGCUGAUGGAUGGACAGAUCAGAAGAGGAGGACUUUAAUUAACUUCUUAGUAUAUUGUCCUAAAGGAACAGUUUUUUUGAAAACCGUGGAUGUAUCAGAUGUCUCAAAGACUGCUAGAUUGUUGUAUCAGUUGUUUAGAGAGGUUGUUUUGUAUGUUGGGGUAGAAAACAUUGUGCAUAUGGUGACUGAUAAUGCUGCAAAUUAUGUUGCUGCUGGCAAGUUAUUGAUGGAAGAAUUUCCUUCAAUAUUUUGGUCUCCUUGUGCUGCUCAUUGCAUCAACCUCAUACUCCAGGACAUUGGUAAAUUGCAGUCGGUUUGUUGUGUUGUUGAGCAUGCUUCUGGUAUCACAAAGUACAUUUAUAAUCAUUGUUAUCCAUUGUAUUUGAUGAGGAAGUUCACUGGAGGAAAAGAAAUACUUCGUCCUGCUCCUACUCGUUUUGCUACCAAUUUCAUUGCAUUGCAAAGCAUUUUAGCUCAUAAAGAUGAGUUGAGAGCUAUGGCGACAUCUAGGGAAUGGGUCUCAUCUGCUUAUGCUAAAGAUAGCAAAGGAAAAAAGUUUGUUGAGAGUGUGCUAGACUCUUUAUUUUGGGAAGAAUGUGCAAUAAUUGUGCGAAUGAGUGAGCCUUUAAUUCGAGUUCUACGAAUGGUUGAUGGUGAUGAUAGACCUUCGAUGGGAUAUUUGUAUGAUGCUAUUCAUCAUGCAAAAGAAGAAAUGAUGAGGAGAUUUCAAAAGAGAAAGGCUAGAGUGAAACCUUUCAUAGACAUUAUCAGUAAUCGGUGGGAUGGACAAUUUUAUAGACAUCUUUAUGCUGCGGUAUUUUGGUUGAAUCCUCGAUUUCAAUAUGAUGCAAAUAUAAUGGAUAAACAUAUGAGCACCAUUUCUGGACUUCUAGAUGUUCUUGAGAAGAAUUAUUGGAAAGGACGAAACUAUGAUCCAAUUAAUGUUGAGACAAUUUGUGACAUUGAAAAUUGGGUAGUUGAAGAUGACCCGUCAAUCUUGACAGCUGAAGAAGCAGAGAGUUUUCACCAAGCUCUAUCAACUAUGACCAUGCAAGAUACUUUAGAUGAUGAUGUCAUAAAUGUUAAUCAUAUUGAAGAUGAUUGUGACGAUGAAGUUUCAAAGGAGCAUGCAGAUGAUUUAUUAGGUGUUGACGAGAUUGGCUUAAUUCCAUCGACAUUUGAUCCAAAUUUUGCUUCUAUGGACACAGAAGAACUUAAUGUGUUCAUUCAACAAAAGUGA